GUCCAAUCAGACGCGCCGUGGGAGAGGAGGGCGGGGCCCUGCCCCACCCCACCGAGCCUUUGUUUCUCGCGUCCGCCCCCCUGGGGCUCGAGUCACGGUUUCUUGGGGAGGCCCGGGUGCCUCGGCCGCAGCCUCCGUCGCGCUGUGACCUGCACGGGCCGCGGGAGCCCUUGGGAGGAUGCCGGGUCACCUUGGAAUCCGCGAAAUGGAUUCAGUGGCCUUUGAGGAUGUCGCUGUGAACUUCACCCUGGAGGAGUGGGCUUUGUUGGAUCCUUCUCAGAAGAAUCUCUACAGAGAUGUGAUGCGGGAAACCUUCAAGAACCUGGCCUCUAUAGGAACACAGUGGGAAGACCAGAACAUUAACAAUCAGUCCAAAAAUCCCAGGACAAAUUUAAGUCAUAUUCUAGAGAGAUUCUGUGAAAGUAAAGUAGGUAGUCAAAAUGGUAUUGUGAACAACAGAACUCCUCCUGGAGUGGAAGCAUGUGAAAGCAGUGUGUGUGGAGAAGCUGGCAUUGGUCAUUCAUCCCUUAAUGGGCACAUCAGAGCUGACCCUGGACAUCAACCAAAUGCAUAUCAGGAAUAUGGAAAGAAGCCAUAUACACGAAACCAGUGUGGGAAAGCCUUCAAUUAUCAGCACUCCUUUCCAGUACGUGAAAGGACUCAUCCUGGAGGAAAACCUUAUGAUUGUAAGGAAUGUGGAGAAACCUUCAUUUCUCUUGUGAGCAUUCGAAGACACAUGAUAAUGCACAGGGGAGGUGUACCUUAUAGAUGUAAGGUAUGUGGAAAAGCCUUUGAUUAUCCCAGUUUAUUUCGUAUACAUGAAAGAAGUCACACUGGAGAGAAACCCUAUGAAUGUAAGCAAUGUGGGAAAGCCUUCAGUUGUUCUAGUUACAUUCGAAUACAUGAAAGAACUCACACUGGAGAUAAACCCUAUGAAUGUAAGCAAUGUGGGAAAGCCUUCAGUUGUUCCAAGUACAUUCGAAUACAUGAAAGGACUCACACCGGAGAGAAACCCUAUGAAUGUAAACAAUGUGGGAAAGCCUUUAGAUGUGCCAGUUCUGUUCGAAGUCAUGAAAGGACUCACACUGGAGAGAAACUUUUUGAAUGUAAGGAAUGUGGGAAGGCUUUGACUUGUCUUGCAAGUGUUCGAAGACACAUGAUAAAGCACACUGGCAAUGGACCUUACAAAUGUAAGGUGUGUGGAAAAGCCUUUGAUUUUCCCAGUUCAUUUCGAAUACAUGAAAGAACUCACACUGGAGAGAAACCCUAUGAUUGUAAGCAAUGUGGGAAAGCCUUCAGUUGUUCCAGUUCCUUUCGAAAACAUGAAAGAAUUCACACUGGAGAGAAGCCCUAUAAGUGUACAAAAUGUGGGAAAGCCUUCAGUCGUUCCAGUUACUUUCGAAUACAUGAAAGAACUCAUACUGGGGAGAAACCCUAUGAAUGUAAACAAUGUGGAAAGGCCUUCAGUAGAUCCACUUACUUUCGAAUACAUGAAAAAACCCAUAUUGGAGAGAAACCCUAUGAGAACCCUAGCCCUAGCCCUUCUGUUCCAGUUUCUUUCAUAAACAUGAAAGGAGUUACACUUAGAGAAACUCUAUGAAAGUAAGAAAUUCGGGAAAGGCUUCAGUCCUUCCCAUUUCUUUCAACAACACGAAAAGAUUUGCAGUGGAGAAAGACCCAAUAAGAAUUUGAAUUAGGAGAGACCUGUGACAGGACAGUAUAUCUAUAGUUGGAGUUAGAGCUAUGGAUUGUGUUAUGUCGAUGUUGAUAAUGUUAGCAACUAGAUUUCCCAGCAUCCUUUCCAUGUAUGUUUCCAUGAUACAGUUCACCAGUUACCUAUCUCACAUGAGAUUUGGAGGGCAGAAGUGAA